CUUUUCUUUUACAGCGCGUCACACGUAUUUUUUUUUUUUGAUCCAUUGGAAGAAAGAAAAACCCGCGAAAGGCUUUGCACCGAUCAAUUUGCGAAACCCUUCUAUCAAAGGUUGGAACUGAAAUGCAGAAGAAGUCGACAUUGCCACUGAGCGACGCGAAUGCGAACAGAAAGAGGAAGGAAGUGCGCAGCAAGGAAACAUUGGUGAAGCUUCUAAGAUGGCAUUUUGGGUACCCUGAUUUUAGGGGCAUGCAAUUGGACGCUAUUCAGUCGGUGCUUUCAGGAAAGGAUUGUUUUUGUCUUAUGCCGACUGGGGGAGGCAAGUCAAUGUGUUAUCAGAUCCCUGCAUUGGCAAAACCAGGAAUUGUGCUCGUUGUAUCUCCUUUAAUAGCCUUAAUGGAAAACCAAGUAAUGGCACUGAAAGAGAAAGGGAUUGCAGCAGAUUUUCUCUCCUCAACAAAAACAGCGGAUGCUAAAGUAAAGAUUCACGAGGACCUUGAUUCUGGAAAACCUUCUACAAGGCUGCUAUAUGUGACUCCAGAGUUAAUAGCAACACCAGGGUUUAUGUCAAAGCUCACAAAGAUUUAUACUAGGGGGCUGCUAAAUCUCAUUGCCAUAGAUGAGGCGCAUUGCAUCUCAAGUUGGGGUCAUGAUUUCAGACCUAGCUACCGUAAGCUUUCAUCUUUGAGAAGCCACCUACCAGAUGUACCAAUAUUAGCUUUGACUGCUACUGCUGCGCCAAAGGUUCAGAAGGAUGUAGUUGAAUCCUUGCGGAUGCAAAAUCCAUUAAUACUCAAGUCUUCAUUUAAUCGUCCAAAUAUAUAUUAUGAAGUUAGAUACAAAGAUCUAUUGGAUGAUGCUUUUGCUGAUUUAUCUAAUACACUCAAAUCUCUGGGAGAUGUCUGUGCAAUAGUGUAUUGCCUUGAACGUUCAAUGUGUGAUGACUUAUCAAGUAAUCUAUCCCAAAGUGGUAUUUCAUGUGCUGCUUAUCAUGCAGGAUUGAAUAAUAAAAUGCGAACUUCGGUGUUAGAUGAUUGGAUUUCUUCUAAGAUAAAAGUUAUUGUUGCUACUGUGGCUUUUGGAAUGGGCAUUGAUAGAAAGGAUGUCAGAAUUGUUUGCCAUUUCAAUAUUCCCAAGUCAAUGGAAGCAUUCUAUCAAGAGUCCGGCCGAGCUGGUCGUGAUCAAUUGCCAUCUAGAAGUCUGUUGUACUAUGGGAUAGACGAUCGCAAAAGAAUGGAAUUUAUAUUAAGUAAAUCGGGGAGCAAGAAGUCAUCUAGUUCACAGGAAGAGUCAUCCAAAAUAUCCCUGAUUGCUUUCAAUCAGAUAGUUGAAUACUGUGAAGGAUCUGGAUGCCGCAGGAAAAGAAUUCUUGAGAGUUUUGGGGAACAGGUAACUGCAUCACUAUGUGGAAAAACAUGUGAUGCCUGCAGACAUGCAAACUUAGUUGCUCGAUGUUUGGAGGAUCUCAAAACUGUUUGUGCUCUGCGUCAUAAAAAUGGUUCAUCUCGAGUUUUUAUAACCAGUUCCACUGCCGCAACUACUGGAGAACAGUUAUCUGAAUUCUGGAAUCGGGGAGAGGAAGCAAGUGGAUCAGAGGAAGAUAUAUCUGAUUCAGAAGAUGGUAAUGAGGUUAUCAACAACCUAACCAGGUCAAAGCUUCAAUCCAGAUUGGGAGUAAAUGAGAAGCUUGCUAUGUUACAACGGGCAGAAGAAAACUUCUAUAGAAAUAAUAACACUUAUANAAAUGUAGUUGAUCCAACCGAUGAAGUUUUCUAUCUUAAUGAUCAUGGUUCAGAAGGAUUUAGAUACAAAGAUCUAUUGGAUGAUGCUUUUGCUGAUUUAUCUAAUACACUCAAAUCUCUGGGAGAUGUCUGUGCAAUAGUGUAUUGCCUUGAACGUUCAAUGUGUGAUGACUUAUCAAGUAAUCUAUCCCAAAGUGGUAUUUCAUGUGCUGCUUAUCAUGCAGGAUUGAAUAAUAAAAUGCGAACUUCGGUGUUAGAUGAUUGGAUUUCUUCUAAGAUAAAAGUUAUUGUUGCUACUGUGGCUUUUGGCAUGCCAUUACAUGUUGGUGUGUGCUGUGGGGGGUUGAUGAAUUUUGUGGCCCUGUUCAUAGUAGUGGCCAUAAGAUCUACGGAUUACAAUGAUUUCUGGCAUGAUACUUGGUGCGACAUCUACCAAGCUAAAAUGCUCUGUGAUGGGACUUUUGUAGAGACCAAGGGCCAUGGAGCCAUGAUGUUACUGAGCCUUUGGUCUUCAUUUAGAAUGGGCAUUGAUAGAAAGGAUGUCAGAAUUGUUUGCCAUUUCAAUAUUCCCAAGUCAAUGGAAGCAUUCUAUCAAGAGUCCGGCCGAGCUGGUCGUGAUCAAUUGCCAUCUAGAAGUCUGUUGUACUAUGGGAUAGACGAUCGCAAAAGAAUGGAAUUUAUAUUAAGUAAAUCGGGGAGCAAGAAGUCAUCUAGUUCACAGGAAGAGUCAUCCAAAAUAUCCCUGAUUGCUUUCAAUCAGAUAGUUGAAUACUGUGAAGGAUCUGGAUGCCGCAGGAAAAGAAUUCUUGAGAGUUUUGGGGAACAGGUAACUGCAUCACUAUGUGGAAAAACAUGUGAUGCCUGCAGACAUGCAAACUUAGUUGCUCGAUGUUUGGAGGAUCUCAAAACUGUUUGUGCUCUGCGUCAUAAAAAUGGUUCAUCUCGAGUUUUUAUAACCAGUUCCACUGCCGCAACUACUGGAGAACAGUUAUCUGAAUUCUGGAAUCGGGGAGAGGAAGCAAGUGGAUCAGAGGAAGAUAUAUCUGAUUCAGAAGAUGGUAAUGAGGUUAUCAACAACCUAACCAGGUCAAAGCUUCAAUCCAGAUUGGGAGUAAAUGAGAAGCUUGCUAUGUUACAACGGGCAGAAGAAAACUUCUAUAGAAAUAAUAACACUUAUAAACAGAACAACAAAGGUGACAAGAAUGCUAUUUCGGAUCCAAUGCGAGGAUCAAGCAGGCAAAGGUUACAAAAUGCUCUUAAACAGGUCCACCAACGGCUUGACGACUUCAAGAUUGAAGUGGAUACGUCAGCAUCUUUCCUUGAAGAUGAAUGCUACAAGAAGUAUGGCAAGGCUGGCAAAUCAUUCUAUUAUUCGCAAGUGGCAAGUACUGUAAGAUGGCUGACGACUGCCACCUCCAGCGAAUUGAUGAACCGACUUUGUGCAAUUAAUGCUUCUGCUGAAGCUGAACAGUCCCUUACGCCAGCUGAACAGCCCUUCAAACCGCCACCUACUUUAGAUCCUUGUGCAGAAGAUACCAGCAAUGAAUACUCUGGCAAUGCUAGAUCAGAAACUUCUCCAUGUAUUGUGCCAAUGGAAAGCUGUUCGUUUAAUAAUACCAACUUGCCACAAAUACCAUCCUUCUCUGAAUUCCUAAAUAGUAGGAAAACAAAAGGGGACCAGUUAAAUGACACAAAGAAGCAUUCAAGAAUCGAAAAGAGGAUGAGGAUGCAGUAAAUUUACAUUUGUAGAUACUAACUAUUAAAGUUCAGAUUUUAGUGGCAUAAUAUCAAGUGCCAAUUUCGGCUUCUAUAAAUCAAUUAGUAUUGUUUGAA